UUGGCAGUGUACUAGUGUGCUCAUUUACAUAGUGCGUAAGUUCUUAGACCAAGCGCAAAGAAUGCCAAUUUCAAGUAUGCACGUAAAGGGGGGGGUGGAGACUUAAAAGAGGCUUUCCUAUUGGCCGAUCCGCUCCGUCACUCACAGCAUGUGCGUCACUUCCGUUGUCAGGUGGUGCGGCUAUGGAAAGAUGUGAUCAGUUGUCCUGAAUAAGGCUUUUCCCUCAAAACCCCUGUCGUUAAUCGUGAAAUUUCUCCAGUUCGCUUAAAACAGACCGCGGCUUGGUGGAGUGUAAAUGUUAGUGCACCCCUGCUGAACAUAUAAUCGUCCAGAAAUGAGUGGGAAUUAGUGUACGACAGAGGAUUCCCUCGGCGGUUUCGAUCUGUGAAAUGUCCAAACGCCGUGCUUCGGAACGAGGGGCUGGAGAGUCAUCUGGCAGACCCAGCAAGCUCCUCUGUCCUGGGAUAUCAGGCAGCAAUGCUAAAAGAGCUGGGCCCUUUGUUUUAGGCCCACGGCUGGGAAACUCUCCUGUGCAGAGUAUAGUGCAGUGCCUAGCCAGAAAGGAUGGGACAGAUGAUUUCUACCAGCUAAAGAUACUGACUCUGGAAGAGCGUGGAGACACUGCAGGAGAGACUCAGGAAGAAAGGCAGGGCAAAAUGCUGCUGCAUACAGAGUACUCUUUACUGUCACUGCUCUCCAACCAAGAGGGAGUGGUGCACCACCAUGGCCUAUUCCAGGACCGCUCCUGUGAGAUUGUGGAGGACAUGGAGGCCAACAAAGUGCGAAAGAUGAAGAGGCGAAUAUGUCUGGUGCUUGACUGCCUCUGCGCCCACGACUUCAGCGACAAGACAGCCGACCUAAUCAACCUGCAGCAUUACGUUAUUAAAGAGAAGCGGCUGAGCGAGCGUGAGGCCAUCGUCAUUUUCUACGAUGUAGUGAGAGUGGUGGAGGCAUUACAUAAGAAGAACAUCGUCCAUCGUGACUUGAAGCUUGGAAACAUGGUGCUUAAUAAAAGGACUCAUCGAAUCACCAUCACAAACUUUUGCCUUGGCAAGCAUUUGGUGAGCGAGGAAGAUCUGUUAAAGGACCAGAGAGGCAGUCCAGCCUACAUCAGCCCAGAUGUCUUGAGCGGUCGGCCAUACAGAGGUAAGCCCAGUGAUAUGUGGGCGCUCGGUGUGGUGUUGUUUACCAUGCUCUAUGGCCAGUUUCCAUUCUACGACAGUAUACCUCAAGAACUCUUCCGCAAGAUCAAAGCUGCAGAGUACUCCAUCCCUGAGGAUGGGCGGGUAUCUGAAAGUACGGUAUGUUUGAUCAGGAAGCUUUUGGUGCUUGACCCACAGCAGAGACUUAGUGCCACCGAGGUGCUGGAGUCACUAAGCACCAUCAUCGCCUCCUGGCAAUCUGUGUCCUCCCUGAAUGGCCCUCUACAAGUUGUGCCAGACAUAGAUGAUCAGCUGAACCACCCCGAACAUCUUCAGGAGGCUAAAGUAACUGAGGAGUCAUCUCAGUACGAAUUUGAGAACUACAUGAGGCAGCAGCUGUUGUUGGCGGAAGAGAAGAACACUAUUCAUGAGACCAAGAACUUCCUCAGCAAGAGACAUUUUGGUAAUGUGCCUCCAGUGAGGCGCCUCGGCCACGACGCUCAACCCAUCAGUCCUCUGGAUGCCGCAAUACUGGCCCAACGCUUCCUCCGGAAGUAGUCACUGGGAGUGGAGCGAGCCACGGAACUGGGCACACACUUGUAUGUUUGCGUGAGAGAGUGUGUGCGAACGCACAGUGUGAGACAGGCGGACACACAGGGGCCAAGGAAUAGCUCACCGCUCUGUCGCUCUAUUCAUCCGCCCAGGACACGAACUCUGCCUUUGGGUGGCACACGGGACUCUGAUGAGACACUGACCACCGCCACCACCUCCAUGCCAAUCCUUGCCCAAAUCUGACACACACAUACACACACUCACACACACAUUUUCAGCAAUACCCAAACAGAAUCAUGUAGCAAACGACACAACCCUCCCUUCCUCGUCUCUCCUGUACUCAGCCUCUCCCUCAGCACUUUCAAUGGGAACGGCGCGGUUCCACGAUCAACCCUCUCGUUCUGUCACUUUCUGUUGACCUCAACCAGUCUGUAUCGUUCUCAUCUGUCUGUGACUGCAAAUCUACCUCUUACCAUUUCUCUCUCCCUUUCCUCCUUUUUCAGUCCAUUUUUAACUAUGCUCUCGGUUGUUUUGAAAGCAGGACUCUGUAUUUUAGGGGAGAAAAGCACAGGCUCAAGAGCAUUAGCAUUGUGGUUGUGUAACUAUUCUGUGUCAGAACCAGUGAUUGUUUUUUCCUCACAAUCCGAAUAAGCUUUUUUUUCUCCUCUCAUACAAAAAUGGUAGCAUUUUACAUAAGAUUAUUAUUUUUGUUUCCAUUUAAGAUUUUCUGUAUCACAAUUUAGCAAGCUAUAACCUCAUAUUAUUGAAAUCAUAGCAGAACAUGUUUCCUGUCCUCUAUUUGAAUGGGUUUCUCUUGGCAGCUAUUGUCACAAAUUAUUCCGCCUGGAUGCUUACAACCAAAAGCAUAACUUUGCAUCCAAGCCAGCCAAUAUGGUACGUUAUUCCCCCUCCAGCUUUUAUCCUAUCAAAAGGCAGCAAGGCCACAAUUGUCUUUGUAUUCAUCCAAUCACAAAUGGAAAUAUACAUUUAAGCAUGCAGUAUGCCACUACAGUGGACUCUUAAGAACUGAGCUGAGUGGUAUUGUUGUAGAUUUAGUGUGUCACACUAGGGUUGUGCUUGGAAAACAGGAAGGGAUGGGACAGCUGGUUAUGGGAUGAAACUGUCAGGAAGCAGGGUGGCUGAGCCGGCAGUCAUGCGGAAGUCUAAGCCAAGAUAAGCCCCGCAAGCACAGUCCUUAAGCCCUCCUUUGGGUCCCUCUGUCUAGAACGCCCGCCCUCUGAUAGCAUGCCAAACCAUCAAAGUGCAUCUUCUGUCAUGUCCUGUGUCUCUGGUGCUUUCGUUCCCAACACAGAAUUCAGCUGCAGCUCAGGGAUCGAGAAUUGGCCACAUGGGAAAGUUUUUGGCCACAGUGAUACAAAGAAAACCCAUUGUAUAGAGGACUCAUUUGUAUAGUGAUUUUUCCCCACCUGCCCCUCAUUUGCAUGUAUGGUUAUUAAAGGGUUAGGUUGCCAAAAAUAAAGAUUCUCAUUUAUUCACACUAAAGUUGUCAAACUCGUAUUACAACAUAAGGGUGAGUAAAUAAUGAGAUUUUCAUUUUGGGGUGAACUAUCCCUUUAAAUGCUUCAUGAUCAUAAGGAACGAAAUGCCAUCAAACUCACUCCAUCUGUUGCUUGCAUAAUAUGACUUUGUUUGAGAAUAUUGCAUAGGACACAGAUUCUCAUAAUCUAGUUUGACUGUUUUCAAUCCUGUUUCUAAGCUACCCAUGUGUAUAAAAGCAUAAUUUUGGGAUAUCUUGCCUUAGAUUAUUAACAUAUUCCCAAUUCAACAGUGAGCAGUGAAUAUGUACUUUUGAUGCUAGAAUAUAUAUCUUAGAGUAAUAGGCGGUUGGCUUGCAUCGACCUGUGGACCUGUGGCUUUAGUUUGCGAUGCAUUUAUGUCUGGCUCCACUCAUGUCAUUAAAUGAAAAGGUCAUUCAGUACUGUAGGUCUCAUGACUGGCAGCUUGGCUUGUCAUUUUAAUCUCUUUCAUUUCCUCUCUAAGUAAAGCAUGAUAGUACUUCCUUACCUUUCUGUGACUUCAUUUUAAUUUAUUUACUGUUUAUAAUUCAUCCGCCUCUUGUCUUUUUUCCAAGCUCUGUUGCUGUGGUAAAUGUAGAGAUCAUAUGUCACUCAAAAGCAUUGAUGUGAUCUCUCUUGUUUAUUUUUCUUCUAUCUUCAGUGAAGGUUUUUGUUUUCUUGGCUCUCUGUUCCUAUUUGUUUUUUUGGUUUUGUUUUUUAAUUCUUGAAUAAUUGUCACAACAAUCCUGUUGGUAUAUUAAGCUACACUAAUGAGACUGACUUUGCAUAGCUCUAUUUUUAAAUCAACUAAAUUAUCGUGCUCAUUAGCAUGACAUGUAGAAUCGAUGUAGAGUUUAUCUUGUGAGGUAAGGAUGAUACCGCACUCUGGCCAGUAUGAAUAACACCAUGGCGAAUGGCGUCAGUAGUGCAAAGCCCAGUGCAGGGUAUUUUCAUUAUUUUGGAGAAUCACACGAAGGUUUCCACAUUAGUACUUUCUCAAAGUGAUGUUGCCUGCCACCAUUGAAAGCAUUAGUCUUUUUCCACCUCAAUGUGAAUAUAUUUGGUUGUAAAGCAGUAUUGUAGUGGAAGAUAUAUGUGAAUUGCCAGAGGCUUUUGCAAGCAAAUCAAAGUCCUUCUCUCAAAUUCUAUAAGGAAUUUUCACAAAAGACAUUAUCUCAUAGCAAAUCUGUAUGGUUGCGAUAUGACUGCUGUUGAUGUGGUUGUGUAGUUUGUACCUGAAACCUAGUUGAAAGAAGUUAGUCAGGAUGUCUCUGUUUAACAUGCCCCCUACGCAAGUAAUUGAAAACAGUUUCCCCCUUGCAUAGAUAGUUUUGUGAUGUCCAAAUUCUGUCAGCAGCAUGAGAAGUGUACAUUGUUGAGCUCUGUAUUCAUUUUAGAAGCAAUUAGUGCAUGAUUCUAAUUAGUGCCACAAGAUGCAGCAGAAAUCGCAAUGGUUGUGGGUGUUUUGCAAAUGACUUGCAGUACAAAACAUUUUUUUUUUAUAUAAAAAUACAGAAAGACAGUGCAAGGGCGAAAACUAACAAUUAAGUCUGACUUCAAUUUUCUUUUCUCUUUUGGUCACUUUGUUGAUAAAUUGGGAGAUUUCUCUUUAGAAUUGCUACUUUUUUUUUUCAUCUUUAACUAAAACUGGAAAAUGUAAAAGAUCUGGUGUUCAAUGAAAUAUGAUGAAGCUACUCAAAAGCCUGAGCGUUUGGUGUUGUAAGCUGCUUGGUUAGAAAGGUUUCAAAGGAAAAAAACAAAAAAACUGGGUAAUUGUACAGAUGAAAACAAAUUUGUAUAAAAGACAUAUUUUUGUACUUCAUCAAAUCUCUACUUGCAUGUCAGCAAUAAACUUUGAUAUGGAAAAA